GGGCGCUUCUCUAGGCAGUGUCAGUGGUGAGGUGAGAGGCAUGUGACCCUCUUCACUCGCUUGACCCUCUUCAUCACUCGCUUCUCCAAGAAGACACGCACCAAACACCACCCUAGAGAAGGCGAGAACGCACUCCGUCCCUCCCCUCCAGGACCGUCUCCUCGCCCGCUCCUCUCUUCCGUUUCUCCCCUUCUCUGGGCUCGGAGAAUCGGAGAGAGGCACGCGCGGCCAUGGCGUCCAGCGCCUCUCGGUUCAUCAAGUGCGUCACGGUCGGCGACGGCGCCGUGGGCAAGACCUGUAUGCUUAUCUGCUACACCAGCAACAAGUUCCCCACUGACUACAUACCUACGGUGUUCGACAAUUUCAGUGCAAAUGUAGUUGUGGAUGGCACCACGGUGAAUUUGGGCCUUUGGGAUACCGCUGGGCAGGAAGAUUACAACCGGCUGAGGCCUCUAAGCUACCGAGGUGCCGAUGUUUUCGUGCUUGCAUUCUCACUUGUGAGCCGAGCUAGCUAUGAGAAUAUCAUGAAGAAGGUGCUGACAUGCGCUAUCUUGUUUUUUUUUUACUUUAUUAAAGUUUGUUUUCAUGGUUUGGGAUUUCCUAGAGGCUUGAAUGUUUAUCCUUUGCUCUUUACUCUUCAGUGGAUACCGGAGCUUCAGCAUUAUGCACCUGGUGUGCCUGUUGUGUUGGUAGGCACAAAAUUGGAUCUUCGUGAAGACAAGCACUACUUGAUGGACCAUCCUGGGUUGGUGCCUGUUACCACAGCACAGGGUGAGGAACUUCGUAGACAAAUUGGUGCUAUGUAUUACGUCGAAUGCAGUUCAAAGACACAGCAGAAUGUCAAAGCUGUGUUCGAUGCUGCCAUCAAGGUAGUAAUCCAGCCUCCAACUAAACUAAGAGAAAAGAAGAAAAAGAAAUCACGCAAGGGAUGUUCAAUGGUGAACCUCUUCUGUGGAAGAAAAAUGCUAUGCUUCAAGUCCUGAAUGAUCUAAGAGGGUCGUACAUGAACUAAUACCAUGAGUGUGGCCCCAAGUUUGUGAAACUUGAAAUCUCGAUGUGCUUGUUGCGCAUGUGUAUAUUUGCACCUUUGGUUAUUAAUCACUAGAGGUAGAUGAUUGAAACUAGUCUGCUUAAGCGAUGUGCACUGCUGGUGUGGUUAGCUCUACUGUAUGAGUUAGGCAGUCAGUUCGACAGAGGCCAAAGAGACAAUGAGAUUUUGUUCUUUCAUGGCAAUGUCACAGCUUUUGUGAAUCUGGUCUCAUCAUAUUGUCUGUUAGUUAUCGAUCCAUAGCAACAUUGUGUUGAAUGAACCUUUGCAUUUGCGCUGA